CGCGUUACUUAUCGCACCAAGUGGCUCUGCUCCUCCACAUGCCGUGUCGGGGGCAGCGCGUUGUCACCGCAUGCCGUCCCCUUGCGCAGAGCCUGCGUGUGCCACCCGGAGCCCUGCACAGGGAGCCAGCACCCCGCAGCCAGGGCAGGGAGGUGGCCGUGUCCCUCCCAUGCUGCCGUCACCCCUCAGAAGGCGCCUGGCUGGCAGGGCCUUGCCUGCCUCCAGUGCAGCUCUACUGGCUGGGUGACGGUGAGAGGUCACCGCAGUUCGGUGUCCGCUUGACACCAGCAGCAUUGUAAGGCCAACGAUGGCACUAACAACACCCCCACAGCAGCCCUUUUCAUCCAGAGAGUGUUUGGGCUGGAUUCACCCCUGGAGCCGUUCGGCUGCUCAUGGUGGUGACCAUUUCUCCCGCAGGGAUCAGACGAGGGUUUGUUCUGUGGUGCUGGAGCUGUCGGUUCUGCCUGGCAGGAACAAUGUCAGACAGUUUCUCUUUAGCUGAUGCCUUGUCCACCAGCAACAACCCGAACCCCUCUGGCCCCCAACCCCAAGGCUGGCCCUCCUGGGGGAAUCAGCCACCGCCUCCUGGGGGGUUCCCAGCCUACCCUGGCCCUCCGGGGGCUCAUCCUGGAGCACCAGGGCCAUAUCCCGGAGGACCAGCAGGACAUGGACCGUAUCCUGGAGGACCACCAGGGCCAUACCCUGGCCCAGGACAACCACCCAGGGGCCCUGGAUUUGAGCCCCCUCAUCCACACGGAGUGCCAGCUCCUCCAAUGAAAGUGCCCUUUGAGCUGCAGCUGCAGGCAGGACUCACUCCUCGGAUGCUCAUAACCAUCACGGGGUCUGUCAACCCCAAUCCAAACAGGUUUCAACUGGAUUUCAAGAAAGGGAAUGACAUUGCCUUCCACUUCAAUCCCCGCUUCAAUGAACACAGGAAAGUCAUCGUCUGCAAUUCGAUGUUCAACAAUAACUGGGGAAGGGAGGAGAGGACAGCUCCAAGGUUUCCAUUUGAAGCUGGAAAACCCUUCAAGAUCCAGGUCCUUUGUGAGGCAGAUCACUUCAAGGUAGCAGUCAAUGAUGCUCACUUGCUGCAGUACGGCUUCCGUGAGAAGAGGCUGAACGAGAUCACCAAACUCUGCAUUGCUGGAGACAUCACUCUCACCAGUGUCAUGCCGACCAUGAUAUAACUACAGUGGUGCAAUUUUAAUGCUAACUUCAUGCUUUUAAUAUGGCUGUAACCAAAGUGCCUUCUUACGUGAAUACUUUGAGGUAAUAAAACAUACUUCCACAACUAAA